ACGUUGCACAAAUGUGUCAACCGCUCUGGGAUGGAUGACGACUUAGCUGUGUGACGGAGACAUAACUGAAACGAAAUACUUUUGAUGCGGCCUGGCGAUCAAUUAAGAAGACUCUUAACUUUUUAAUUCUCGAGCCAAGACACGCGUGGAGCGGGAGAGUGCUGACGACAGACCGCUACAUCCAACAUUCAGCACUGACUGGGUGAAAGUCAAUUUAUUGUUACCACAUGGAACCCAUUCCCUCUGGUGAACAUAUGAAGACCCUUACUGACCAUUGUCACUGAACAAAAAAAUAAUUGAUGUGUGACCAAAGUGUGGUGAUGCCAGGAGGUGACAGCGGUCCACAUGGGGAGGAGCCUGCAUUGCUGUCAGCUACAGCAGAGGGUGGAGGGGAGGAAAGGGAGUUGUCCAGGCAGCAAAACAGCACAGAAACAUCCAAGCGCCUCGGGGGGGAGGAAAGCGGAGCUUCAGGUGGAGAAGUGGGGCAGGAAGACGAAGAGAUGGCGAGCGGCUCACCUGACCUGUCUUCAUCAGCCAAUCACAGCCCUGGGAGCAUUACAGGAUCCACCUCAGCUUCAGCCAAGAGCAGUGAGCAUGCAGAGGCUGGCAGAGGCCAGGACCACAGAGAGGUGAUGAGCACAGUGGCUGAGAUGAAAAAGAGGCUUCCAUCAGACAAACGCAGCCGCAGCAAAGCCAGCACUGUGGAGGCCUUACAUUACGCACUCAACUGUGUCAAGCAAGUGCAAGCCAAUAGUGAAUACUACAAACUGCUCAUGCAAAAUGGGCAGGAUGAGAGGAGAAAUGCCACCGUUUGCACCCUGGAAGAGCUGGAGAGAGUGACCUCAGAACACACCCUUAAAAAUACGGAUUCCUUCGUGGUGGUUUUCUCCCUGGCCAGCGGCUGUGUGCUGUAUGCGUCGGAGCAGGCUCCCAACCUCAUGUGCUGCAAGAGGAAGUUUCUGGAGUCUGCCAAAUUUGUGGAGCUGCUCUUCCACCAAGAUGUCAAUGUCUUCUAUUCACACACGGCACAACCACAUUUGCCACCUUGGAGCAACUCCCACACAGCUGGGGUUCUGUUUGACUGUGCCCAGGUUAAGUCCUUCUUCUGCAGAAUCAGGGGUGGGAAGGAUCGUGACGGUGAGAUGCGUUACAACCCAUUUCGAAUAACACCUUACCAGCUGAAGGUGCAGGGAACUGGGAGCAGUGGGGAGGAGGAGGAGCCGUGCUGCCUGGCUCUGGCUGAACGCAUCAUCUCUGGAUAUGAAGCACCUCGGAUCCCCAUGGACAAGCGCAUCUUUACAACAUCACACUCCCCUGGCUGUGUGUUCCUGGAAGUUGAUGACAGGGCUGUGCCUUUGCUAGGAUACCUUCCUCAGGAUCUGAUAGGCACAUCAUUGCUGACUUGCAUUCACCCAGAGGACCGUCCCCUCAUGCUGUCUAUGCACCGGAAAAUCUUGAAGCAUGCGGGCCAGCCUCCAUUUGAACACACUCCCAUGCGUCUGCAGUGUCAGAAUGGUGACUACAUCACCUUAGACACCAGCUGGUCCAGCUUUAUUAACCCAUGGAGCCGCAAGGUGGCCUUCAUCAUCGGGCGGCACAAAGUCAGGACGAGUCCUCUGAAUGAGGAUGUGUUUGCUGCUCAGACAAAGGAGUUAGUUCCAGUAACUCACGAGGAAAUAAAAGAUCUUCAGGCAAAGAUCUAUAAGCUUUUCCUACAGCCUGUUCACAACAAUGGCUCCAGUGGUUACGGUAGUUUAGGCAGUAACGGUUCUCAUGAGCACUACAUUAGCGUUGCCUCUUCGAGUGACAGUAAUGGCAACCUGUGGGAGGACUCACACCGGGAACCGAUGACUUUGCAGCAGAUCUGUGCUGAUGUAAACAGAGUCAAGAGUUGGGGCCAGCAGGCUUAUCUGGAUUCCAGCCACAAAAUUGCUUUUCUUGGCAAGCGUGUCACAGCCCCCCUACCACCUGCAGCCUCCAAUGCUGAGGUCAGAGAAGAAGAAAGAAGGAAGCAAACACACAUUCCCUCCUAUCAGCAAAUCAACUGUGUGGAUAACAUCAUCAGAUACUUGGAGAGCUGUACAGGUCCAGCCCUCAAGCGGAAGAGUGAAUCUCAUUCCUUAGCCACCUCUUCUUCCUCAUCCUCUACCUCAGAAGAUGACAAGCCCACGGGAGCCACUGACAUGGCUCAGGACAGUUCAGAUGCAGUUGUAGUGGAGAAUGAGGUUUCAGUGAGCCCUUCAGCUGCAGCUGUAGUCGGGGCACCUCUGACAGACAUCACCAUGUCUACUAAGGCUAUGAGUGUUGUCUCGGUCACCAGCCAGUGUUCGUACAGCAGUACCAUAGUCCACGUGCCGCAGCCUGAGUCGGAGGCCACAGCACUGGAGGAUGCUCCGAUGGGCAGUGAGCCCGCUGAUGCUGCCCCAACCCCUGUCCGUCCAGCCCCGAGUCCCGCCACAGAGGAAAGAAGGUUUGUAGGUCUCACUAAGGAGGUGCUGUCAGCUCACACCCAGAAGGAGGAGCAAGAAUAUGUGGAUCGAUUCCGCCAUCGCAUCCUUCAGAGUCCGUACAGCUCAUAUCUGCAGCUGGACAACAGCUCUUUGGCUCACUCCCACCACCUAGGAGACUACCUGCGUCCACUGAGCGCUGGAGGUCGAAAUCGUUCUCGAAAAGGAAAGCCGAGACACAAGCGACCCAAACCCCAGGGUUCCUCAGACAGCUAUGGCUCCCCACCUGAACCUCCUCGCCAUGUCCCUGACUCAUCCUGGCCUUCCUCAGAGUCCUCCCACCUCCAGAUGGGGUCACCCUACAGCCAAACAUCUCCAGCCCAGGUGCCAUUCUUUCCUGUCAUGGGGAAGCCUGGCCUGGAGCAAUCACCAAGAACGCAACAGCUCCCUGGAGCAGCUCCUGUGGGGCUGCAGCCUCCUGAUCAGCUCAGCUACAACUUCAACAUAAUGCAAACUGCUCAGAGCCUGCCAGGCAUGCAGCAGAUCCAAAUGGAGGCCAUUCAGAAUGUGCAGAAUACCCAAAACUUUCACAACCUGCAGCCCAUGGCUCCAACGCAGAGCUUCAACCCUCCUUACGUGGCUCCAGUCAUGGCUGUCAUCCUGCCCAACUUCCCACCUUUCGCUCCAGGUUACCCAUCCAUUUAUCAACCUUCAUCUGUACUCCCCCAGUUACCCAUAACUAUGACGGGGUAUGCCCCUGUCAGUGCACCUUUCCCUCAGCCUCAGUUCCAGGCCCAGCCUGGCCCCCACACUCAAACGUCCCCAGGUCUCUUGCUUUGCUCACCCAGAGCGAGCUCUUCUGUCGGUGAAGAGGAGGAAGCAGCUGGUCCUCGAGCUUUGUUCUCUAGCUCUCGCUCAAGUUCUCCACUGCAGCUCAAUCUUCUGCAGGAAGAACUGCCCAAACCAAGUGAAGGGCAGAGCACUACUGGGCACAACCAUGCUGAUAGCCUCCAUGAACAACAUGAGAAUGAGCGUGAUGUCCCGAGUGAGUCUGUCAACCAUGAUGCCCAGUCAACGUCCAGUGAGCUGCUUGACUUGCUGCUUCAGGAGGAUGCCAGGUCAGGGACUGGCUCCAAUGCCUCAGGGUCUGGAUCAGGAGAGUCUGGAGGCUCUCUGGGAUCUGGAUCUGGCUCCAAUGGAACCUCUACUUCACACACUGGCAGCAGCAACAGCAGUAAAUACUUCGCCAGCAACGAUUCAUCAGACACAUCACGCAAAGCUCGUAAGAGCCAGGAGACACCGGCAGAGCACAAACACACAUUUGAGAAUCGUGCAGAAAACUCCCUGUGGAGCAUGAUCCAGCACACACCCGAGCGUGUCAUGAUGACGUACCAGGUCCACACCAGGGACCAGAAUGAGGUGUUGGCAGAGGACAGGGAGAAGCUUCGAGUGUUUCAGCCGCUCCAGCCCUGGUUCAGCAAAGAGCAGAGAGAGGAGCUGGCUGAGGUCCAUCCAUGGAUCAAACAGCACACCAUCCCACAGGAAAUAGACACACAGGGUUGUGUGAGCUGCAGCUCAGGCGCAGGCAUGUCCCACUCUCCUCACCCACCUGCACCUGACAGUUCCUCACCUGUGGAGAGCCCUCAACAGGACCUGGCUGGACCUGUGGUUGACACUUGAGAGACUCUGAAUGGAAAUCAUCCACCAGCAGGUCUACAGUGUGCCAGCCCUGUCAGGAACCUCAACAACUCCCACAAUGCAUUUCUUCUGACCAGUCCAGAGGAGUGGAUCCCUGUGCUUUAGUGUAAAAUCGAAUAUGUUUAAUAAAGGUAACAGGCUGGACCAGGCCCUGAGGAAAAGAGAAGGCGAGAGAUGGGCAUUUUCUUUCAAUCAGCUUAAUGUGACUGUUCUUAUUGGACCAUGAAUAUUACACUUCUCCUUUUAUGUGUUAAUAGAGCCCCUAAGGGGGUUUAGGUUGUAUUUAAGACUGUUCAGAUCUAUGAACUAUAUAUGAAGAGAGUCCCCUGGAUGAACAUGAGCACUGUGUAUACACCUGGUCUGUAGAACAGGAGUGACAGGGUGAGAAGAUGAAGACGGCACUGGCCCAGAGUGUCAGAACCAGGCCCAGUAACAUAGAGUACAGGUUGUACAGUAUGUGUACUACAUCAACUCCUUCAGUGACAUAAUUGACACUUUUUUUUUUUUUUUUUUUUUUUUGUUGGAGGGACACUAAGACGAAGACAUUUGUUGCUCUCCUUUUGUAAUGCCCAGAUUAAAAUCUGGUGGUGUUACUGGAGUUCACACUCUUGUUCCAUAGGCUGGUCUCUUUCAACGUGUUCUCAUUACCAGGGUAUCAAGUACUGCCAUUCUGGCAUUGCGGAGAUACCCACAAGGUGUUCUUUGUGCAGAGGUAACUUGUACAGAGUGGUAAAGUCUGCAUUAGGAGACUGGAGGAAUAAAUCAGAAUGUUAUCAUUGAGGAGACUGGUUUGUGUCCCAUUUGGAAGCUUUAUGUUGGGCACUUUGUUUAGCUGUUUUUUCCACUCUGAUUAUUUUUGCUCUGCCUCGCUGGACAGAGAGACCAAAAAGUACACUGGUUAGGUUUAGGUAAAGAUUGUGGUUUGGGUUCUUGAUAUUAAACAGCGGUCCUGCACAAGUGACCAUGUUUGAGUUGAGAGUGAAAGGACCCUGUUACCUUUAUCAUAAUCACAGCACAGACAUGAAAGGACACCCUGUUAUGUCUGUGAGACACCAGCUGCUCUGAUAAAACUGCAAUAGAUGAAGUCCUGGGAAUCAAAAUGGACGGUUUCCUCCUGUGCAGAGCUCCUGUUACUUUUGACUUGCAGAGGCAAAUAUUCUGCUCAUUUUAUCUUGAUAUCGGUGCUAGAAGAUAAGACAAAUCUGGCCCGUUAUUCAAAAACAUCUUGUAGCAAGUCCUCACCACCCACUAUACUGCCUGCCCUGUAGCUUACCUCUAAUUGUAAACAAACACAGUGUGGCCCCAAAUUUCCACUGAUCUUGUGUUUAUUAACCGAAUGAAUCUCCUUUCAGACCCUGACGCUGUCUGGAUGUGUGCUUGUGUGAAAGGGAGGCAGGGAAAGAACUAACUAGCCCAUUGUAGUUCUGUGAAUGUUUUCAUUCUUCUUCCUGUACUGAAUUCAGAUUGCAGGUGAGCUUGUGAAUGUGCAUAAGUGUGUGCGUGCUGACUGACUGCGAGCUGCUUCUUUUGAUACAGUUGUCCAGCAGUGCAAGACAGACCAUGGUUUUCUACAGUUUUUAGAUUGAAAGUAUAUAACGGUAUCAUGUAUUUUAUAGGAAAUGUACACAAACUUCACAAAGUGUAUAAAAAGCCAUUUGUCUUGAAUUCAGGGACUGUUUGUGACACAAAGGAAUGAAUAAAUGAGGUAAAACAUGA